AUGCAUGUUCCCCCACCUGUGGCCCUCCCCUGUGCUCACUUUCUUCCCUCGGCCGCCGGCCAAGUUCAGAAUUUUGGAGAACCUUUCUUUAUGGUUAUUCGUGAGGAUGAGACCUUAUCUUCUAUUAAAGAACGUUUACAGAAAAAGCUUAAGGUCUCAGAUGAGGAUUUCUCCAAGUGGAAAUUUGUGUACAUAUCCCUUGGUUGCCCAGACUAUUUUGAAGAUUCUGACACUGUAGCCACGAGAUUUCAGAGAUACAUGUAUCGAGCUUGGGCGCAGUAUCUUGGACUGGAGCACCCAGACACAGCGCCAAGAAAGGCACAUAGUGCUAACCAGGACUGGUUGCUCAAGUUAUUGACGGAGCCUGAGAAGUUCAUGUACAGCGACAACAACAAAGUUCAUGUUGUCAGAAAACUAAAGUCCAUGUAUAUGGAAGUUGAUGAUUGUUAUAGUCGAUUGAAGGGUGUUUUCCUUGAGAAUGGAACCUCAGAGGAAUUCUCGCUUCUUCUUCCACAGCUCGCGAGAUCAAAGGGCAUUGUCGACAAAGCUAAGCUCAAGAGUGCAACUUCAGUCGAAGAUAUGCAUUAG